AUGGAACAGACCCGUCGUUUUAAAGCGCAACCGCUUCCAAGUAAUUCCCCAGAUUGUCUGCCUCCACGGGAUAAUUAUCCUUUAACACGCCCAAAACCAUUUACGCUAAGAACUGAUUUACGUGGAGAGAAAUAUCAAGAUUCACUUCGUGAACGAUUAAAGGAGCUGAAUGAACGAGAAAAAGAAAAUCAUUUCCGUGCUCAGCCUCUUCCAAGCUUUGAACCAGAAAUUCCAAAAAAGCCGGUCGUUCCACCACCAACGAAACCAGUCGAAUUUUUUUUCCUCACCGAUAUUCGUUUGGAAGAACGCAAAAUAUUAGAUGAACAAAGAAAAUUGCGUGAUAUGGUCAAUAAUGCUCUCAAAGAACAAAAGCAAAGAGAAGAAAUGGCUAGACAAAGGGAGGAGAUUCGUCGCUUACGCUCUGAAUUAGUACAUCGUGCACAGCCGAUUAGGCAUUUCACACCAAUACAUAUUCAUCCUUCAAAUAAGAGAUUGACAAGGGCUGUAUCUCCAUUGAUUGGUGGGAAACGACGUAAAUACAUGCAAAUAUUGGAAGAAUCCUUCCAGCUUGACGGGUUACAAGAUCUCGUUACUGUUACCAAUACAAAUUUGCAGGACUCAGUUGCCACUACCGAUAUAGAGGAUUCUAUCGAUGUUAUUAGUUCGGAGAUGCAAAAAUUGAUUACCUUUGACACGUCUAUAACUGAUAAUAGUUUGCAUGAUCAAUGA